AUGAAAUCUGCUCUAAAAAUAAUAAGGGGAGAGCUAGAUAUGGGGGCUACUGGGCACUGGGAUUUGUUCCCAGGGAUAAAUGAUCAUGAACUGUUUGGUAGAACAUUCCACACAUGGGUUAUCUGGAAUGUUACUCCAGAUCAAACAAGGGAUAGCAAGUGGCCAAUAAUGUUCUACACUACACUUUGGUGGCUAUGGAAGUGGAGGAAUUAUAGGGUAUUUGAUAGACAACCAGAGAUUCCAGUGGAUCAAUUCGGUUUCAUCAUGGAAAAGGUGGGGAUGAUUACACAAGCUAUGGAACAAACUUCUGUUGUAGAAGGGAGUAAGAGGAUUGGAACCAGAGAUAUUUUUGUAAGGCUGAACUUUCUAGCGGUCUUGAAGGGUCUGGCAUUGGUGUGGAAUAAAGCCCAUAAAAGAGUUGUGGUGGAGGUUGACUCAAUGGUUGUUGUUUGCAUGCUUCUAAGAGAUAAAAAUCCUAGCUCUCCUUAUUACCACAUAGUCAGAAGAUGCAAGGAAUUAGCAGAGAAACAAGAAUGGAAAGUGGUGAUUACACACUGGUUUAAGGAAGCAAACUGUGCUGCAGAUUGGUUGGCAAACUAUGGGGUUUUCCUAACCCCUAAGCUUGUAGUUAUGGAAGAGCCAUCACCUGGACUUCGUAGGAUUCUGUUGGAAGACUUGGGUGGCCUGGCAUUGCUGCACAAGGUGCCUGCAGUAGAAGCUUGA